ACACUGUCAGUGGUUAGGUUUUACUUAAAAUAUGCUCCCAGUGGAGAGAAGUAACGUCGUUUAGUCUUCAUGCUGCUUUUGAUCCCAAUUCAAUGGAGACUAACACAUGGAAAAUAGCAGAAUUGACUGUCUUACAAGACAGCGAUGGCUUUUUCUCUAGAAUUUGAAUAUGGAGGCCACAGGGACAGAUGAAGUAGAAAAGAUAAAAUCAAAAUUUAUGUCUGCGUGGCACAACAUGAAAUACAGUUGGGUGUUGAAAACAAAAACUUACUUCAGCAGAAACUCUCCAGUCUUUCUGCUGGGAAAAUGUUACCACUUCAAAACUGAUGAAUCUGGUGAACUCUCUACAGAUGGGUCCAAUUUUGAUAAAAUCAACACAGAGAUUUCAGGAAAUGUUGAGGAGUUUCGUAAAGAUUUUAUUUCUAGAAUAUGGCUGACUUACAGAGAGGAAUUUCCUCAGAUAAAGGGGUCUGCAUUAACAACAGACUGUGGUUGGGGUUGCACACUGAGAACUGGUCAAAUGCUGCUGGCUCAAGGUCUUAUGCUUCAUUUUCUCGGUAGAGCCUGGGUCUGGCCAGAUGCGUUGGACAUUGACAAUUCAGAUUCUGAAUCAUGGACAGCCCAUACAGUGAAAAAGCUGACAGCAUCAUUUGAAGCAUCGCUUACAGCAGAAAGAGAACCCAAGAUCCUGUCAAAUCAUCAUCAGGGAACAUUAAAGAGAAACUGUGAUGACAAUGAAAUGCAAAAUGAAGUUUAUCAUAGAAAAAUAAUUUCUUGGUUUGGCGACUCUCCACUGGCAGCUUUUGGCUUACAUCAGCUAAUAGAAUAUGGAAAGAAGUCUGGAAAACUUGCUGGAGAUUGGUAUGGGCCUGCAGUUGUUGCACACAUUUUAAGAAAAGCUGUUGAAGAAGCAAGAGACCCUGAGCUACAAGGAGUAACAGUCUAUGUUGCUCAGGAUUGUACAGUCUACAGUUCAGAUGUUAUUGACAGACAGUGUUCUUUUAUGGAUUCUGGAAAAGCAGACACAAAAGCUGUAAUUAUUUUAGUUCCUGUGAGACUCGGUGGAGAGAGAACAAACAUGGACUACUUAGAGUUUGUAAAGGGAAUUUUAAGCCUUGAGUAUUGUGUUGGUAUUAUUGGUGGCAAACCCAAGCAGUCGUAUUACUUUGCUGGAUUUCAAGAUGACAGUUUGAUUUACAUGGAUCCUCAUUACUGCCAAUCUUUUGUAGAUGUCAGCAUAAAGGAUUUCCCUCUUGAGUCAUUCCACUGUCCUUCUCCCAAAAAGAUGUCAUUCAAAAAAAUGGAUCCGAGCUGCACAAUAGGAUUUUACUGUAGAACUGUGCAGGACUUUGAGAAGGCUUCUGAAGAAAUAACGAAGAUGCUGAAAUCUUCAUCUAAGGAGAAAUAUCCCUUGUUUACUUUUGUAAAGGGUCAUUCUAGAGACUAUGACUUUGCUUCCAGUCCACUCCAUGAAGAAAAUGACCUUUUCUCUGAAGAUGAAAAGAAAAGAUUAAAAAGAUUUAGUACAGAGGAGUUUGUCUUGCUUUAAGGACAUUUUACACAAGAUUAUUGGCAGCUGUCCAGGAGAACACUUGCCUUUUAAAAAAUAAAAAAUGUACGUGUCCUCCUCCCCCAAAAAGGCAAGCUUGUGCUGAAAUUGGUCUAUUUUCAUAAAAAUGAUAAUGUUUUAUAUGUUAAUCGUCUUUAAAAUGUCAUUUAUAAAUGUACUUACUAAUUAUUUUUGUUCAUUACUAGUUGGAUGAGUUUAAUGUCAUGUUGUGCUAGUGAAGAUAGAAGGCAUUGUUCAGAGCCAGGUAUGCUGAAAUGUGCCUACGUCCUGGUCUUGCCCUCUUAAAAAGCUUGGCCAGUCCCUAAAGCCUAACCUGUGACCCUAAUGUCGUGUCAGUCCAGGACGAAUCCUGAGCAGAGGCUGCCAGAUACGUCUGGGGUUUAUGUCAUAGGUUUUGAGACCAUCUUAUUUCUGUUUGUAAGCAAAAUUUGAGCUCUGUAUUCAUGUGGUAAGGGUAGAACUCUAAUCUGUCUCACUACGUAAGCCCAAAUAAUAGUUAAUGCUGUAAUCGUGACACACAUCCUGAGCAGCACUGUGUAAGAAAGGUAAGUUUGAUAUAUCAGUAGUAAUUGUCAGUUGCAAUACUGAUAUAAUUAUAUAGGCUGAAUUGUGAGUUAAGAUACUAUUUAGCAGUAUGAUUUUAUAAUGGUUUCUCAUUAAGCUUGCUUUGGAGCCUUAAUAUGAGGAGUGAAGAUAAAGUAUUACCUUUCCCCACAAUUUUUAAAGGUUAUACUAUUAAUAUUAACUGCAACCAAUCAAAGCAGCUAAAGACAAUUAUUAGAAGAGAGCGGUGUUUGUUUCCUGUUUCAACUACUAUAAUGUUGAGGCUUCUCUCCUAUUAGUGCAGCUUUUAAAUCAAAGCAAAUGGGGGAGUGGAUGUUAAAAAUUCUGGGCUGUGAUUUUUUUUUUUUUGGAUACAUGUUAUUACUGUACAAACGAUUACUUGAUGGUGUGUGUUCUCAGAUUGCAAACAAAUGUACAUAAAUAGUUUCAUGUUUUAACAAAGUAAAUGCAGUUAUUUAAAAUACAUAUUAACACUGCUUGGCAAAUAAAAAAGGUGUGAAAACAU